GUUUCCUUUGACCACUAUUUUCCCUAGAAAGGGAUUUGUACUAGAGUCAUUAUUAUAAUAUCAUUGUAGGUUAAGUGUACAAUUAUACAUACCUACAAUUUAAAUACAUGACUAAAAAGAAAUUAUAUGUUUAAAAGUGUUUAAUUUUAUUAUUGUAACAUUGUAAUAAAAAAUUAAAACUUUAAUACCAUGUAUUGUCGAAAGAUACUUAUAAAUACAUUUAGAUAUGCCCAAACUCGUAUAAAAUCGAAUUAUUUCGCUGCAAAUAUUUGUUUAUUAAAUUUAAGAAAAAACAUAUUUACAUCAUAUUUACCUCAAAUUAAUAAAACAAGAAGUUAUAGUAAUUACAAUACUAAGAAUGUAUUGCAAUUUAAUUUUUUUAUUCUAUCAAGCAAUUUUUUAUUCAAAUUAUUUAUGUCCGAGGAAGAGAAAGACGACGUUGAAGAGUUAAAAAUGACGAUCAAACGAUCAAUUUUAUUAAUUCAGAAACAAGAAUUUGAAAAAGCAGAGCAAAUGUUGCAUGUUGCUUUAAUGCAAGCCCAAACUUUACAACAUUACGAUGGUAUAACUUAUGUGUAUGAUGUAAUGGCAAAUUUAGCAUAUGACACAAACAAUUUGGAUAAAGCAGAAAAAUUGUUUGUAUCAGUUUUACAAAGAUUAAUGUCUAAAGGAGUUCCAGAGCAUGAUUUAGCAAUCAUUCAUAUUAGUCUUAAAAUUGCUGAUAUAUACAGCAAAAGAGGAGACUUAGAAAAAGCAGAGAAAGGUUACAGAUUUUGUUUUGACCGCUUAAAAAAUCACUUAAGCGAAAACAGUGAAAACCAAGAUGCAUUGCAAUUAUUAAGUAUAAGUUUAGAAUUGUUUGGAUCUAUGCUUUUCUCACAGUCACAUUAUACAGAAGCUCUUAAAUAUUUUACUCAAGCUUACAACAUAUGCAAAAAAAUAAAUGGUGAAGAACAUGAAGAGACUGUUAUGUUGCUGAGUAACAUAGGAAGUGUUAAAUUUAUGUUACAAGAAUAUGAUGAAGCUAUUGAAUAUUUAUCUAAAGCAGCGGUAUUAGGAAAAAAGUUUCCAGAUAUGGAUUAUUUAAGCUCUGUUCAUAUCAAUUUGGGAAAUGCAUUGAUUAUUAAGGGACUGCAUGAAGAAGCGAAAAAAAAUUGUAAAGAAGGAAAAAGAUUGGCAAAAGUUAGAAGCGAUAAUGAAUCUAUGAUAGAAGCAGAAAAAUGUCUGAAAAAAAUACAAGAUCUACUAUCAUAGUAUCAAUUUUUAUGUAUGUAUUGAAACAUUAUAAUUUAAACU